AUGCCUUCCACCUACAAGAGGGACAAGCCGUGGGACACGGAUGACAUUGACAAGUGGAAGGUCGAACCCUUCCAACCCGAUGACAAUGUCGCCGGUAGUUUCGCUGAAGAAUCUUCCUUCGCCACUCUGUUCCCCAAGUACCGUGAAGUCUACCUGAAGGAAGCAUGGCCUGUUGUGACAAGAGCGCUCGAGAAAUUCGGUAUUGCCUGCACGCUGGAUUUGGUCGAGGGUAGCAUGACCGUCAAGACGACCCGAAAGACGUUUGAUCCUGCUGCGAUCCUCAAGGCCCGUGAUUUGAUCAAGCUGUUGUCGAGAAGUGUGCCGGUGCAACAGGCUCUCAAAAUCCUCGAAGACGACGUCGCAUGCGACAUCAUCAAGAUCCGCAACCAAGUCCGCAACAAGGAGCGCUUCGUCAAGCGUCGUCAACGUAUCCUCGGCCCCGGUGGAUCCACCCUGAAAGCCCUGGAGCUGCUUACAAGCACCUACAUCCUGGUCCAGGGUAACACGGUCGCCGCCAUGGGCCCUUAUAAGGGUCUCAAGGAAGUCCGCCGCAUCAUCAACGACUGCAUGGCCAACAUCCACCCCAUCUACCACAUUAAGGAACUCAUGAUCAAGCGCGAACUGGCUAAGGACCCCACCCUGGCGAACGAAUCCUGGGACCGCUUCCUGCCCAACUUCAAGAAGCGCACGCUGUCCAAGCGUCGCGUGCCGUUCAAGGUCACCGACAAGACGAAGAAGGUGUACACUCCUUUCCCUCCGGCACCGGAGAAGAGCAAGGUGGAUCUCCAGAUCGAGUCGGGCGAGUACUUCCUGUCCAAGGAGGCGAAGGAUCGGCAGCAGAAGGAGGAGGUCAUGGAGAGACAGCGGUUGAAGCGCGAGGAGAAGAUGAAGGAGCGCGAGAAGGCGUUCGUGCCGCCCGAGGAGCUAGACGCUGCGGAGGAGAAGAAAAAGGAGAAGAAGGAAAAGAAGGAGAAGAAAGAGAAGAAGAAGCGGAAGCGCGACUCCGAGGCCGCGGAUGUAGAUGGCGACGAAGGUGCCGAGAAGAAGGAAAAGAAGAAGAAGAAGAAGUCCAAGUCGAAAGAGGAUGCGUCGGAUGGCGAGGCGUGAUGCUGCUGCUGCAGUUGCUGCCUCACCCUUCUAACCUGAUAUCCUCUGUCGGUCUCUGUUUUCUUUCCUUUGCUUCGGUUAUCACCCUUCGUAUACUACGUUCGAUAUAUAAGGCGCUUAGGCAUAGCAUGGGCUGGAGUUUUCUUUCACUUUAUUCUUCUCACUUAUGCCCCUUGCUGUUAUUUGG